UGCAAAUCUUAACCUGACAGCUUCAAUACUGAAAAAGACAAGACUGUUGACAAUGAAUACUACACCUUUAUACGCAUGAUCAGAUAUCAAUCGUGCAAGGAGGGUACUGCGAUCGUUCCAGAUACAUAAGGAUCUAUGACAAAAUUUCUUGGCCCCAGGAACAUACAGAUCUGAGUAACGUAGUCGGCAUUCCUUGCUCACUACGUAUCAGCGACCUCAAUUCAGUUUGGUAUUUUAUGAGAAAGAUGGAAACAUCAAACGAGUGGAGGAAAGCUGACUUGAAUGGAUUGGUACUCGUCAGACAACAUAAAAUUAUCCGAAGUUCCUGGACAUGCCAUCGGGAGUUUGUACCUUUUUUGGCCCUGGUUCUAAUAGCGUUGGGAGUACUUGCUUACUAUUUCGGAACAACACAGCAUUUUACAGAGCAAGGGAAGUUUGUGAACUUGAAUGCCGACACUGUAAUCCAGUAUUUCAGUAGUUCCGAAAAUAGAAAGGAAGAUGGUAGGAGUCCAAAGCCAGUCGUCCUUGAAACAAACAGCAAGCUCAAGACUGCCCUUCCUCCACUGACAAAAAAAAUUAACAAAACAAUAAGUUCUUCUGACGUGGGAAACAGUUUUACGACAGAAAGUUCCGAACAAACAAAAGUUCAUAUAAAUUCAAAGGCAAGUGUAAAACUUUCCCCGUCGACCAGAAAGAAUAAAUUGUCGAAAAGCGAGCAAACUGCCACAAAAUUGAAGUGGAAUGAAUCUUUGUUUUUGUCGACGAAAGAUUUAUUUGUUCCGACAAAAAGAGAUAUCGCAAUCCUUUCAAAAAUAGAAAAUUUCCAAAGAAAAGGUCAUAUCAUUCACAGAAGAUUGAAUCUUCCGAUAAAAACUGACACGGUCAGCAACGUUCAGGGAACUGUACGAGACAUGAAAAAUAAGUAUUCCGAUUUACGUCGAAAAUCUUCAACUACACCUAGUCCCAUACCGAGGACGAAAUUUAACUUUGAUUUGUGGUAUCAUAAAAAGACAGUUGAGAUAUGUGGAAGUGGAUGGCAGGAAAAAUACCGUGAAUUACAUGACGAUAUUCUAAGCAAGCGUCGCGAAGAGAAAUAUCUCGUGUAUCUUUGUCCUGGCACUCGACAAGGUUGUUGUGGCUAUGGAAACAGACUCAGAGCUGUAGCAUCACUGUUUUACCUGUCAGUUCUAACUGACAGGGCUUUUCUGAUUGAUUGGCGUGCGCCUGAGCCAAUAGAAAAUCAUCUGACACCGCGAAACAUCCAGUGGAAUUACAGCGAACCCAUUGAUAUUUGCACUGGGUUACAAAUACGAAAACACUACUGGGGAUCUACGAAAACGGACGUUCGCGAAGCAGAAGGGUACAUCAUUCAAGAACCAAAACACUUUAAAAGGUGGUUCACUUCUACAGAUUUAAAACAGUUUUUUGAUUGGCCAGUGGAAGAAAUAACCACAAUAUGGUAUUUCGCCGAAGGUGGGAUUACUAAGAAUUCAUUUCUUAUGAAGCGCGCCAAGGAGUUAGGAAUUGCACCGUUAAUUUCUAACACACCAAAGUUUAAUCUUAUAGGAUGUGCGUUUGACUUUUUGUUCUCAAAGUCAAAAGCUUUGGAAAGUAAGCUGGACGAAAUGAGAUCACAGUUACAGUUUCAUAAAGGGCCAGUUAUUGGGAUACACAUACGAACAGGGGACGACCAAUUUGAUUACUUCUCCUCUGAAAACAUCCGCACAUGGAACGCCAAGAACGUGUCAAAAUUCUUCGACUGCGCAACUAAAGUAGAAAGCGAAUUUUUUUUCAAUGAGACAGACGGACCAGAAAAAGUCCGUUGGUUUCUCUCGACUGAUAACGAGCAAGUGCGAACAUUAGUUCAGGGUAUCUACCCACAAAAGGUAGUCACCACCAAUUUGACAAUCUUACAUCUGGAUAUUCUCUUCAACACCACAAUCUUCAACUUUACGGCACAGUGCAACUACACGGAUGAAACUAACACAACCUUAGUAUGCUACAAUGUCGAAAUAUUGAACGUAACUGCAUAUUGCCUCAACCGCACAAAAUACAAUUACACCCAAGAAAUAGGUGACAACUCUACAAUUUACGGUUCAGGGAUGGCCACGGAAGGCAUCAUUGCCAUGUUAGUGGAUCAUUUCUUAUUAGCUGAAAGCGAUUUUCUUGUCUUAUGCGAUAGCAGUUUUGGUUCAACAGCAGUGGGAUUGGGUAUGCGUAACACAGAUAGCUAUAUCUUAGCUGAUCGAGAUUGUGUUGACUUUGCGACAGCGCAGAAAGAUACAAGAUUGAAGUUUUUUGGAAGACGAAGACGGUGAUCCGUGUUCUGUGACCAUGGAUAUUUUGAAAUUCCACACAUUUGGGCGUGUCUCCGUGAUGAUCGACAUAUUGUUGAGGGGUUUUACCACUCGCUUGGCAAAUUAACAAGAGGUACUGA